CCUCUCCUCAGGUCAUCUCCUGUACACAUCUUCUCCACCAAUCGUAGUUUACAUUCCUACGCCCGUCCCCCCCUGGCCAGCAGUGCACCCAGCCCCUCUAGAGGUCACCUCAGGGAACGUAGCAGACGUGUCAGGGUAUGACCUUUUAACCUUUCCCUUCCUGUAGGUCAUUGGGUUUACUGUGGACCUUAUCACGUUCCACACCUGUAGGCCUAGUGAUUGGCUACUAUGAGGUUAUGGAUGAGCAUCAGGGUUGUGGUGAAUUCCAUUUAAGUUCAGUCACGUGAGCACAGCAGUCAUUCUGGUUUCACAAGUUUAGUCAAUUCAGGAAGUAAACUGACCUCCCACUUCCAUUUUUUCUCAAUGUACUUGAACUUCGAUAUGGGUGGCAGGUAGCUUAGUGGUUAAGAGCGUUGUGCCAGUAACUGAAAGGUCGCUGGUUCUAAUCCUCGAGCCGACUAGGUGAAAAAUCUGCCGAUGUGCCCUUGAGCAAGGCACUUAACCCUAAUUGCUCCUGUAAGUCGCUCUGGAUGAGAGCGUCUGCUAAAUAAAUAAAAAAAACCUUCAUUGAGGAUUUUCAGGUGACUUUAUGAACUGACUGAAUCGAAAUGAAAUUUUGCCUAACCCUGCAUGGGGUUGUUACAUUCAAAAGUGCAAUUCAACUGCUUUAUAACAUUGCAAUAACAUUGCAAUAACAUUGCAACAACACUGCUGUUGAUAACAUGUGCAAUUCAACUGUUUUGUAAUAUAUUUCUCUCUGUGUGAAUGUUACCCAUUCAGGCCAGCAGUGAGUCAGAGUCUGGUGUUUUCUCUAUGGCCUCCUUCUCUGAUGAUGAGGACAUGGGCUGGUCACACUCCUGGCCCUCAACAGCCUGGCACUGCUUCCUGAAAGGUAUGGACACACACGGCUACACACAGAAACGAUAAGCUGUUCCUAGAAUUAUGGCCUUGAGUACUUUUACCUUUUACUUGUGGAAAAAGCCUAGAUAACAUUGAUAACGAGUGCCUGUGUAGUUAGGACUGGAUCAGGCAACAGAAAACAGUGACACAGAUUUUGUUAAGCCUGUGUUUACUCUGUUGUCUAAACGAACCUGUUUCCUCAGUGUGAGUUGCUUACCUAAUCAGGUCAGUAUAGUAGCAGUGUUUUCACACUCUCUGUUUGUACUUCUUCUCUGUGGUGUAAGUAAGGACAUCUCAAAAAGAGCAUCAAAAGUCAAGUCUCUGUCUCAAUCUCUCACUUCCUGUAGGUCCAGCUGUAUCUCUCUCUGUCACACUCUCACUCUCUCUCUCUCUCAGCUAGGCUAUUCCUACUGUCCUCUAUACGUCUGCGACUCUGCGGCUCUCUCUCCAGUCUGUUGUCUCUCUCCGAGAGCCACUGGAGGUGCUCUAUCUCUCCUCUCUCUCUAGAAAGGUCUCGGGCGGAGGGGGAGGGAAGGAGAGAGCUCUACUCUCCUCUCUAUCUCUCUUAAGUCUCUUAGGUCUGGCGCUCUCAUCUCUCUUCUCUCUUCUCUCUCUCUCUCUCUCUCUCUCUACUCUCUUGUCUCUCUCUCUCUCUCUCUCUCUCUCUCUCUCUGCCAGUCGUAACCCAAUAUUUGUCUGAACCUUAUCUUCCUAUCCAGGCACCCGCCUUCGGUUCCACAGGGGCCCUAACAAGGAGUGGCAGGAGGCUGAAGACCUGGGGGACUCUGAAGAUGAGUCAGAUGAUGAGAGAAUGAUGCCGUCCACCUCCCUCAAGGUAGCAAAACAUCCAGCUAGUCCCUCCCUGUUUUUUGGUUUCUUCUGUUUGAUGCGUAAUGGACACACCCUGCUAAUCGUCAGAUCUGAUAUGAUUGACUGGGCUUCCUCUGUGACAACUCUCUCUCCGGUUGUUGAUUGGUUUACAGAGCUAUGGUUCUGAAGGUCUGAAGUUAGUGGCCCAUGAGGACAAUGUGUCCUACGGCCAGGCCGUCCUCAAACUCACCUUUGACCCCGGCUCGCCAGAAGAAGGCCUGUUAACGGCAGAGUGCAGAUUUGAUCACCCCUUCUUUGUGAAAAACAAAGGUAAACAAAAACAAAAUGUCUUUCCAGUGUAAACAAAAUAACUUAAUCAGUUAAGGGAACAUGGUGAACUGGAACUGCAUGCAGGCGCUAUUGGUCUGAAGUCCAGAAGUUCUGUCAUAAGAGAUUGAUUAAGCAAAUGUUCAGUUCUUGCCUGAUUUUCCAUGGAAGUGGAUAGGCCUAUUGGUAGAAUAAUCUUUGAAACUUCAUGGCGUACCUUAUAGAAUAGGACAGGUUCCCAUCUUGGACAGGUUUGUCACAUCUUGGGUUGGGUAUUUUAUGUAUGUUAACAUCUUCAUAUCUCUUCCUGUCCCAGCCUGACGGUGGUGCAGCAUGGUAUCCCCUGCUAGUUAACAUCUUCAUACCUCUUCCGGGCCCAGCCUGACGGUGGGUUUGCAGCAUGGUAUCCCCUGCUAGUUAACAUCUCAUAUCUCUUCCUGUCCCAGCUGACGGGGGUUGCAGC